AUGGCCAAUCAGCCCAUUGUACCCACUCCCACGGUCCUCACCAUGGACAAUCAGCCUGUCGCCCGUACAAGGCCAGGUGAGCAAAGCGCUGGACCGCCACUGAAAGAAGUCCAGUCUUGCGCUGCCUGGAGUGAUCGUGACAACACCCCCGGAGAACAUGCCUACUGGUUCAAGGUAGAAACUUCCGAGUUUGGUGGUAGGAAAUGCUUGUGGGCCUUCUUGAACGCCUUAUACAGCAAUAGUGGUUCACAAGUCCUCGAAGCUGCGAAGCCUGUGCCGCUCAUUCCUCGAACACCUCAAGUGAUAACUCAUCCACCCACUGGUAAUCGUUCUUCUUUCUUUGCCAGUAUGGAUUACAACCGUUUCAACCACCAGGUUGGUCGACCCUCCCGAAUGGCGAACACCUACAACCCAGACAAUUCCCAGUCAUUCCCUGCUACCAGCAGCCACCAUGCGUUUAACAUGCUGCCCUCGAACGGUAUGGCUGACGUUUAUCAUGAGCCUACCAACCCGUUUCCUCCAACCAUGACAAACAAUGUGGCACCUGGAUACAUUUGCAACCCACAUUUGCCUACGGCACCUCUUUCAGACAGCGACUACGAUGGAUUUCAAGGAGCCUUCUGCCAAUAUAAGAAUGAUUCUGUUCAGGGAGACGCCAUGACAGCUCUUCAACAGCGUAUAGCGACUUUAGAACAAGACAACAACCACCUUCGGGCUCUCAACGACCGAUUACUGAGAGAAGGCCGGACCAUAUCACAUAGGUAUGCCCAAAUGAGGAACUUCUUUGCCUUUGAGGUCACAAACGGCGGAAUUCAGCCAAUAAACCCUCACAACCCCCAAUACCAGCAGAGCGCUGGGAUUCUGAGACGAUGUGACUAUCUGAUCGCAUACUACCAGGGUCUCAAGGCUAGGAUAAAUGGAGACAACAAUAGAAACAGCACCAUUCCCGACAAUAGUCCUAGUCAGUACUUCGAAGUCGGUUUACGACACCCAAAUAUCCAAAGACAACAACAGCCAACUGAAAUUGUUGAUCUUACAAGUGUCGACGACGACGUGGUUGCUCAAGAUCACUUCAAGAAUGUCACAUGCCUUGAAGGAGGCCAUGUGCCUACAGGGCAAAUCGUCGGCCAAGCAGCACCAGUCUCAGCACCAGCCGCAGCACUCCAACAGGCCAACAAUACUCGCUGCCAGCGCCGUCGUUCUCGCAGUGAAUCUGCAGAACAGACCGAGACUUCGCCGGCAACAAGCUCGACGAAUCCCACAACGUCGCCUCUCGUUUCGUCUACUCCAGAGUUCUCUCCACCACAGGUGCCCGACGCAGGCACCUCCCCACCGCCCCCCAAGAAGCGCGCCACUGCGGCCGAGUUCUGGGCCAAGACUGAGCGGUGGCAAGGACCUUUGGCCAAUUUACAUCUUGCCAAAGCCCUGGGAAUGAAGCCUAGCCCUGAAUAUGCGAGAGAGAUCUCCAAUCGACGGGAUAGAGAUAGCUUGGAUCUCAACAUCCGCAUGUCAGAGAGAAAGAAGAAGGAAUCUGGCUGGGACACAGCAGCAAGUAAGAGAUCCUCUGCUGCUCAGAAGGGAGCCAUCGCGAAGCCAAGCGUCAAAGAAGGUGCAGCAGUCAAGGGCAAAUCGCGAGAAAAGGUUGCACCGAAGAAGACUUCUGGUCUAACCUCUGCUCUCCCUCAACCAAUAGACGAGGCUAGCUCCAAAGCUGACGAGGACUCGAGCGAUCUGGAAGCAUGCUUCGAGGAGUAUUUCCGAGACGAAGAUGCUGCGGACGUCGAAGACAAUGAGGAAGGCGGUUGCUCUAUCCACUCGAUCUCACCACUGGCGAUUGAGGAUGGCGAUGGAAGGCCUCUCCCAGACUAUCAAGAGCCGGCUGACCAUCAGGAGGACGUUGGUGAUGGGUUAGACUAUCUGUUUUAG